CGAGAGAACUUCCGGUACAUGAGAAGAGAAGACAGACCUGCCGAAACGAAGAUUAGUUUAUUUACCAUCUAUUUAGCGUAGAGCUGGAAAAAAACCAAGCUCUUCUAAUUCAAGUGAUUUGUCAUGGCCGAGCCACGCAGCCCAGUGUCCGCUUCUGUACCCCACAAUCCGAUGGUGCUGCCCACCCCUGAGGGCUCGUCUCUUGAGAUGGACCCGAUGGAGUACACCCUCCGCAAGCGUCUGCCUCGCAAACUGCCCAAACGACGGAACGACGUCUACGUCAACAUGAAAACCGACUUCAAGGCCCAGCUGGCGAGAUGUCAGAAACUUCUGGACGCUCAUAGGGAAAUCUGCAUCCACGGUCUGGGACUGGCUAUCAACCGGGCCAUUAACAUCGCCCUACAGCUUCAGACGUCCAGCCAGGGUGCGCUGCAACUGGCCGCCAACACAUCCACCGUAGAGCUCAUCGACGACCUGGAGCCCGAGGAUCCAGAUGAAGCUGGAGAGCCGCUAACACGCACCCGUAAUAACUCGGCCAUCCACAUCAAGGUGUUUUAUCCCAACCCGUAGAGCCAGUAUCAACUAUCAACACAAUAAAUGGGAACUUCAAAGACUUCAUAAACAUUAAUGUAAAGUUUGUGGUGUGCUUUAAAGGCGUUGUCUAUUUUAUUUGGUAUGAGUUUUGGUCUUGUUCAGACUAAAGCUAAAACUUUUAAGCCUUGCAUUUGAGUUUGCAUAUGAACUUUAUUGCUUUAGUGUACCAAGAAGUAAAAAGGAAAUGUGCCAUUUCA